UGAUUAUUACACCAAAUUGAUGAGCUAUUUUGAUGAAUUGAACAGGUUAAAGCCAUUGCAUGCGUGUUCUUGCGGGCUCUGUACAUGCGGGCUGGCUGCAAAAUUCGCGGCAGAUCGCGAAGAAGAAAAAUUGCAUCAGUUUAUGAUCGGUAUUGAUGACGAAAUUUACGGGACAGUCCGGUCCAACUUGCUGUCCCACACUCCAAUGCCAGACCUGAAUCGAGCUUACCAAGCUUUUAUACAAGAGGAAAACUCAAGGGCAGCAGCUCGCGGAAAGGCAGUUGAAAUUGAUGGCCAAGCUUUCGCACUUCAUCUCGAUCGGCAAUCCAAAGGGAAGCACGAAAAGCCGGACCGAACCAAAUUGCUUUGCACUCACUGCAAGAAGAAAGGACAUGACGUGGGUUCAUGCUUCAAGCUGCUGGGCUAUCCAGAUUGGUGGGAGGAUCGGAACCGGUCAAAUGGCGGGACUGUUGGCCGUGGAGGUGGGGUCAAGACGCAUGCUGUUACCGCAACAGGUGAAGGCUCAACUUCUACGACUGAUGCCAAGGGACUGUCCCAGUUGAGUCAGGAGCAGGUUCAUGCUUUGCUGAACUUACUCAAUAAUGAAACUCGUUCAUCCGAUCGCAUGGCAGGACCGUCCCUCGAGGAGCCUGAUUGGAGCAGGUGAGCGACGAGAUGGGC